AUGGAACGUCGUGAAGCCGAAGAACGUGCUAGAACAGAAGAAUUGGACUCUCACGUCAAAAAGGAAAAGGAGAUUCUCGACGAUCCUAGAGAUAAUGUUUUAGGUAAACAAAAGCAAGUUAUUACCCUGGACAAUAUUGAUCGCUAUAC